AGCUGAUGUACAGAGUGGACAUGGUGACAUGGAACCAGUACCUGCGCUGGGGGGUCGUCUACAUCCGGCUGCACAGCGGCAGGAACGUCACAGAGGCCCGAAUAGACCAGUGAGUCUUUCUGCUG